CAAAAUGGCGUAUUUCUGAAAGCAAACAAUGUGGUGUUGAAAACUAUUGUGGGGCAAACGAGAGGAUUUCAUUUCAUUCAUCGCACCGGUGAAUUAUAAAUCCUGCCGCGCUAUGACGGUGUGUAACUUUUGGAUGCAAGGUCGGUGUCGAUAUGGCGACAAGUGUUGGAAUGAGCACCCAAAAGGAGGUGGAGGAGGUGGAGGAAAUUACAACCACCGUCCUCCUCAACAGUCCAGCAGAGAUGGAGGAGGGUUUGGGAACAGAGUGUGGGUGAACCCAGCUCAGAGGUCUGGAGGAGGAAACUACGUCCAGCCGUCAUCCUUCUCCUCCCAGCAGGGUGGGGAUGACUGGGGCAGAGGGGGAGGAAGAGGAGGGGGAGGUGGCAACAACUGGGGUCCAGGCGGAGGAGGAGGAAGAGACAGCCAAGUCAAGAGUUCCAAUUUCAGUUUUGCAGCCGCCUCUCCAAACCAAAACAGAUUUUCUGCAUUGAGCACUCCGAGCAGCUUCGACAGGGGUGGGAGUGAAGGGGAGGACAAUGAAAAACACUUAGAGACCAUCCAGAAAGAUAUGGAAAUCUGGGAGAGUUCAGGCCAGUGGCUUUUCUCCUGUUACUCUGUCCUCAAAAACACCAUCUCAGGGUUUACAGAGCUCUCUCCAGAGGAGCUGAGACUGGAGUACUACAACACCAAGCCGUCAGGAGAGCUGCAGGGAUAUGUUAACGUCAUCAAUCAGCUGCUCAACCAAUGGAGAAGCAGAGUCCAGGAGCUGAGGGCUAUGAGCGGCAACACCAGAGUCGCUAUGCUUGCAGAGCUGGACAACCCAGCACCACAGGCAGCGUCUGGAGGUUUUGGGUCGACACCAGUGACCGGCUUUGGGUCCUCAGCACCAUCUGGCUUUGGAACAGGUUUUGGAGUGCCAGCCCAGGCUUCAGUCCAGGACACCACAGGUUUCAGCAGUUUCAGCUUUGCUGCGCCGAGUGCUGGAGGUUUUGGUUCGGCUGCUCCCAAGCCUGCAGCUUCUGGUUUUGGCAGUGCUGUGGUAGGCGCCGCACCAGCUCCCGCUGGAAUCGGUUCUACGGCCACCUCUGUUCCCUCGGCGGCAGGUUUCUCCUUUGCCGCCCCUGCUGCCAACAAAGACCCAACUACUGCCGGUUUCGGAGCUUCCUCUGCUUCCGGGUUUAGCUUCACCUCGAUGACCACUAGUGGAGGAGGGUUUAGAGGAAGUGGUAUCGGGAGUGCAGCCCCGGUGGCUGAAAGUGGUUUUGGACAGGCGAGUGGAGGGUUUGGGGGUAUGGUAGCAGGGACAGGGGCGACUGGGGGGGCAGCAAACAGUCUCUUCUCCCCCCAGAGCCAGCUGAGUGAAGAGGAACUGAAGGAGUUUGGAGGGAAAAGGUUUACCCUGGGACGGAUACCACUCAGACCUCCUCCUGUUGAUAUGCUGGUUGUCUGAUCCCACCACGGACAUCUGUAAAAUGGCUUGUCUCUUUUUCUUUAACUGACCUGAUGGGGAAAGAGCUGGACUGAAUGUCUCUCAACCCGUUUUGUUGAGUAAAAACCCUUAUGUUCAGGAUCUCUCCCUUGAUUUCAAUCACUGAUCUGACUAGUUUCUACUGAUACAAUCAAUCAGAUGGAUUCUGAGUGAUGUCAUGGUUCAACCAAGAGACUGUUCCUGGUAAUAGUGCCUUGUCAUUUGGUUAAAAUGUUUCAAUUUUUUUUUUUAAAUGAAAGGGGAACAGAAUGUAAUGCAGACAACAUGAUCACAGACUACUGGUGGUCUGCAGGGCCUUAAUAUUUCAAAAAUUAAAAUAAGUUUUAAUAUUG